AUGGAGAAUUGCACAGAAGAGAAGGCUGCGCCACAGCAUAAAAGUGCGUGGUUUGGGUUCAUCAAGUCGAUAGCAACAUUCAAAGGCGAUCUUUCAACGCUCACAGCGCCUCCAUUUCUUCUUUCUCCACAAUCAAUCGUCGAAUUUCCUGUCUAUUGGGCAGAGCACCCAUCUCUGUUCAUCGCACCCACAAAAUCCGAGUCUGCUGAGGAAAGAGCAUUGCUAGUAUUAAAAUGGUUCAUGAGUACAUUGAGGUGGCAGCAUAGUGCUCGAGACGAGAGUGGAAAGAAAAAGGGGAUGAAACCCCUCAAUCCAUUUUUGGGAGAGUGUUUUAUGGGUUCUUGGGAGGACGAUGGGGAAGGUACGGGAAAAACGGAUUUGGUUGCUGAGCAAGUUAGUCAUCAUCCACCAGCUACAGCGUAUAAUAUCUCGAACGAAAAACAUGGUGUACAACUUCAAGGCACCAUCGCUCCACAAUCCUACUUUAGCUCAACAGUACACAUCGAACGAAAAGGCUACUCCCUUCUGACCCUCUCUCAACACAAUGAAACACACCUAAUUACUAUGCCGCCUAUACAUAUAAUUGGCAUCAUGUCCGGUUCUCUUAAUCCUGAAUUGAGCGGCACUUCCUAUAUCCGUUCCUCAUCCGGUUUCACAACUCGAAUAUCUUAUUCUUCGAAAGGCUGGAUUAGUGGAACACCUAACACAUUUUCCGCAACCAUAUAUAAAGAUGGACGUGAGAGUACUCCAAUAUAUAAAGCCGAAGGACAAUGGAGUGGGGAAUUCAACGUCAAAGACAUGAGAAGUGGAAAAUGCAUAUUGCAAUUCGAUGCGAAUUCAUUGAAGAGGAAAUCGCUGAAAGUCCAGCCGGUUGAGCAGCAAAAGGAGUAUGAAUCGAGAAGAGCCUGGCGACAUGUUACGCGAGCUAUUAAUGAAAAUGAUAUCAUAAAAAUUGGGAAAGAAAAAGGGAAGAUAGAGAAUGAACAGAGAGAAUUGAGAAGGAAGGAAAUGGCCAACGGCAUAGUUUGGGAAAGAAGAUUUUUUGUCAAGAGGGGGAGGGAUGAAGUUGCAGAACGAUUAGCGAAAGGGUUAGAGGGAUUGAGUUUAGAAAGUGGAGGCGGGAUAUGGGAGUGGGAUAAUGAGAGGUAUAGGGCUAUGGAGAGUGGGGAUACGGAAAGAAUGAGAAGAAUGGAUGAUAUGAAAAAUCCGUUGGUGACAAGAUGGGAAUCAGGGGUUAUGGUUACGGAAGUUAUUAGCGUUUGA